GUCCAAGUUUUGGAAACUGAAGGACAAGCGGAUCACUGUGCCCCAUGAAUAAUUCAGUAAUCACUGAAAGUCAUGUUGCUAUGACUACUACUAGACAAAGGAGGGGGGGGGGGCGUCGUCUUAAAGCUGCACUCAGAUGUAAGUCAGCAGAACAGACAGACGGAGCAGGACAACAAGCUUCAUCAAUAAUCUCAGGACACUUUUCUCCAUGUAUAUCAAAUUUUGCCGCAUUUAUGGUCAGGAUAAAAAAGAUGGAGCCGGUGAAAAGUUAUCACCUGAGUCCAAGUUAUCUGUUGAACUGCAGGAGGAAAAAGGCAAACCGACGGAGGGGAACUCACGUCUGUACCGUGCUGCGUGUUUGUUCCUCACCAUAAUCUGCCUGGUCCUGCUGCUGGUCGUCAUCAUACUCAGUCUGAAACUCCAAACUGGCUCUACCAUCUGUCCAGAGAGAGAGGGAACUACAGCAGAUGAAAGGCGGAGUCGUCCUUCUGAUUCGACAUGCAGCCACGAGAAGUGCGAGGCUCUCUUCCCCGAGAUGCAACCCGAACAUUCCAGCUGUCGGCAGUGCCCUGGCGGCUGGCUGCGUUAUGGCCCGUCGUGUUUCUACCUGUCCACCUUCAGGCUGAGCUGGGAGGAGAGCCGGAGGAACUGCAGCUUCAGCGGAGGGUCUCUGGCUGUCAUUACCAACAGGGGACUCCAGUAUUAUCUGACCAAGGUGGGGAAAUUGAGUUACUGGAUCGGGCUGAGACAAAUAGCAACCACAUGGACCUGGGAGGACAAGACUGAGCUGACAGAGAGUUAUUGGCAGGAUGGUGGGUCAACAGGGGGUUGUGGGAGCCUGAGCAGUGAUAAACCAGCAGAGAAAAACUGGAGAAAAGUUCCCUGUGGGGUCUCCACCUACUUCAUCUGUCAGCUGUAGCUCUGACCGCUUCUGCUCUUUCUUUACGAAUUAAUGAGGAAACCAAUUUCCUGUCAACAAGCAGCAACUCCUCCGUAACAUUUCAAACCAUGUCUCCUUCACUUCAAAUGAGUAAUAACCAGCAUUGAAAGAUUGUAAUAUUAUAGUUUCAUAUUUAACGCUUGAAAAGAGAUAUAGACAGUCUAUUAUAUAUUAUGUUUGUGUGUAGCAUUGUGUUGUCUUACUGUAUAAUGCAGGGGUGCCCAACCAGUCGAUCGCGAUCGACCGGUCGAUCGCGGGGAGAUUCCCAGUCGAUCGCGAGAUGUGUCUAAAAAUAGAACAACAACAUUCUGUUUUAUCGUUAAUGUCCUAUAACAUAAUCUUCCCGUGCCAGAAUAAUGCACUUGAUCGCAUCAAAGCUUUGUGAUUGGCCGGCGUGACCCCAUGUGUCGGGGCGUGGCUGGUGAGCAGUGGGCACUAUUUCGCUGACGUUGUCCGUGUCAACAGGAGUGACAGUCACACAAGACUACAAUUAUGGCAGAAGCAAAAAUAUUAAUAAAAUUAUAGUUUCAUAUUUAACGCUUGAAAAGAGAUAUAGUCAGUCUAUUAUAUAUUAUAUUUGUGUGUAGCAUUGUGUUGUCUUACUGUAUAAUGUAAUGAUCUGCUGUUCUUUUUCUUCAAAUGACUGUGGCCAGUGAGUUUGUUUCAACAAGGUUUUAUUGUCAUAUAAAAAGCAACUACAUAAUAAGUU